CACCGCCACCACUACCACCGCCGCCGCCUCUUCCUCCCCAGAUUCUUCAACUGACUGGACCGGCUGGAGGGAGGCGCAGGCGGAUGGACUCGCCGCCUCGCCCCGCCUGAGCCCCCGCACUCCGACUGCCCGCUGGGGCUGAAGCCCGGCUCCUGCCGCACGAAGCCACUACCCGAAGAAGAGGAGGAGGAGCCGCCACGAUCGGGCUUCCCCCACGCCGGAGCCCCCAGCAUGGUUGACUAUAUUGUGGAGUACGACUAUGAUGCAAUACAUGAUGAUGAAUUGACCAUUCGAGUUGGCGAUGUCAUCAGAAAUGUGAAAAAACUAGAAGAGGAAGGAUGGUUAGAAGGAGAACUAAAUGGAAAAAGGGGGAUGUUUCCUGAUAAUUUUGUUAAGGAAAUUAAGAGAGAGAUCGAACCCAAGGAGGAAAAUUUUCCUUUCAAACGAGAUAAGCCUGGAAAUGUAGCCAAUCUUGUACAACGCAUAAGCACUUAUGGACUUCCAGCAGGAGGAAUUCAGCCACAUCCCCUAACCAAAAAUGUUAAGAAGAAAGCAAAGAAGCGGCAGUGUAAAGUUCUCUAUGAGUAUGUUCCACAAAAUGAAGAUGAAUUAGAGCUCAGACUGGGAGAUGUUAUCGAUAUUAAUGAAGAGGUAGAAGAAGGCUGGUGGAGUGGAACUUUGAACAACAAGUCAGGACUAUUUCCCUCAAAUUUUGUGAAAGAAUUAGAGAUGGCUGAUGAUGGAGAAGCCCAUGAAGCUCAAGAGGAAUCAGAAGCUGUUUUUACUAGCCCUACCUCACCUUUAGCCUCUCCAGGAAAUGAGAGUGAAACUGUAGCUGGAUCAGUUGCACAGCCAAAGAAAAUUCGGGGAGUUGGAUUUGGAGAUAUUUUUAAAGAAGGUUCAGUGAAGCUCCGGACGAGAAUGUCCAGUAAUGAAGUAGAUGAAAGAAGACCAGACAAGCCCUUAAUUACACAUACACUAGGAUUCAGAUCAACACAGUAUCAGAGUAUAGAAGUAGCAAAGGCAGAAAUUGAAGGCAGAUAUAAAGCUAAGGAAUAUUGUAGAACGUUAUUUGCCUACGAAGGUGCUAAUGACGAUGAACUUUCUUUUAAAGAAGGGGAAAUCAUCCAUUUGAUAAGUAAGGACACUGGAGAAGUAGGAUGGUGGAAAGGUGAACUUAACGGUAAAGAAGGAGUGUUUCCAGACAACUUUGCUAUUCAGAUACACGAACAAGAUAAGGACUUUCCAAAACCAAAGAAGCCACCACUCCCUUCCAAGGGUCCAGCUCCCAAGCCUGAGCCUACAGUUUUAGAGAAGAAGUAUUUUUCUUCCAGGCUUGAAGAAAAGGAGGAAAAAUCGGCUUUAGAACAGAAACCUUCAAAGCCAGCUGCUCCCCAGGUACCACCCAAGAAACCUACUCCUCCUAACAAAGCCAACAAUUUAUUAAGAUCCUCAGGGACGAUGUAUCCAAAGCGACCGGAAAAACCAAUGCCGCCGCCACCACCUCUUAUCUCUAAGCUCAAUGGGGAAGUUCCUAUCUUCCCGUCAAAGACAGAAAAUGAGCCAGUAUUGAAACCAAAGUUAGAUUCUGAACAAGUACCUUCUAGACCAAAAUCAGUAGACCUAGAUUCAUUUGUAAUAAGGAGCUCUAAAGAGAUAGAUAUUGUAAAUUUUGAUGACAUAGCUUCCUCCGAAAACCUUUUACAUCUUACUGCAAAUAGACCGAAGAUGCCUGGAAGGAGGUUACCUGGUCGCUUCAAUGGAGGUCAUAGUCCAAUUCAAAGUCCAGAAAAAGUCUUGAAGUUUCAGAAAGGUGAGGAAGAAAGUGCCAAAUUAAAGACAAAUGAAAUUAAAAAGGCAUCAGUGUACAGCACAACAUCUUCAACUGCAUCUCCUAGAACAACUUUCCCCAAUUCAGUAGAUGCCAAAACAAAAGGAGAAAUUGAUGAUGGGAAGAAAAACAUCCUAGAUGACCUCAGAACACAGGUUGUUGAGUUAUUGUGUGUUGUAGAAGCAAUCAAAAAGGAACAUGGGAAGGAACUGGAAAAACUAAGAAAAGAAUUGGAAGAGGAGAAGGCAAUUAGAAGUAACCUAGAGGUGGAAAUAGAAAAGCUGAAAAAACUAGCCCUGUCUACUUGAGGGAGGUGUGACGUAGACUCAGUGUUCUUCUUUGGCCAGGGAUUCAUAAACGAGAAUAUGAACUGAAAACUGACUUGUUUACUUCCAAGUAACAAAAGAUUUUUGGUGUGCUAUAGGAAAAAAAUGAGUACAUGAGUUUUUAUAUCUUACAGAAGGGGAAAAAUGAAAAUUGUAUAUUUUAUUUUAUUUUAUUUGCCAAUAUGAAAAAGAGGCCUUAUUUCUUACUGUGCUGGAAUCGCAAACCUCUUUUUUUUUCUGGUUUGCUUUAAAAUACUACUGAAUCUGUAUAAAAAGGAGAGGAAGUUGGUAAUAGAUUUUUAUUGAAUACUGACAGUGUAAUUUUUAAAGAGGUCUAUACUAUAAAUAGGUUGAUAUAUCUCCAAGUAACCUGUAAAAUAGACUGUGGGAGGGACACAUUAGCUUAAUAAUCACUAACUUGUAAUAAUUACUUUUCCCAUAAUGCAAAAGGGACAUAGGAUAUUUGUAUGUGUAUAUAUAUAUAUAAAAAUAUAUAUAUUUUAUUUUUAGCUUUCCUACCCAAGAUUACACUGUUGUGUCUAUAUGUCUUCAGUGCUGUUUAUCAUUUGGGUGACAAAAUAAGAAUGCGUUCGCUAUAAAACAGAUGAAUCAAUCACAUGUGCAAAUUAAAAAUAGCUUAUGAAAUAGAAUAAAUUUGAUAGCUGAAAUAUUUCAUGCCACUUGCACUAUAGGGUUCAUAAAAGGAGUUUAUUAAACCAUAUUUCAAUCAUUAAGUAUAUUUUCAAAUGAAUAAGAUUUUCUUAAAUUGGUCAGAGCUAAGAGGCCAGAAAGCUGUCUUUCAGUUCAUUGUGCCUAGAAACUGCAGCACAUUUAACAUGCAAACACCAGCCUUAUUGCUGUAUUUCUCUGCUUAUUUUAUAGAUUCAAAUAUUACCUAGUCUAUGGUCUUGUAAUUUAAUCCUCCCUCUUUUAAAAUACCAUUAAUAAAACAAAAUGCAAGUCUUUAGGAAAUUUGUCAUGAGAUCAUACUUUCAGAGCAGUCAACUCAUCAUGUAAAUAUUCAAUUUAAGAAAUAUUAUUUACCUAAUUAAACUAAAGAACUUUUUGGAGUUAUUUUGAGCUGUUGAGUAGAUACUAACUUUAUAAAGAAUGCUAUUUUACUUCACAGACCAUAGUGUCACAUUUGUUAUUAAACCAAAUAAGACCCCUUUUCAAAGUUACAUUUUCAUAAAUCACAUGGUCAGCAGCUCCUUUUAAAUUUGUUAACUUCAACACAGUUUUAAAAUGUAUGUCAAUAAUAUGUCAGAACCUUCAAAUAUGGAUAUAAUCCUACUUAGAAUUUAUGGAUUUUACUGGUAACUAAUGUCCUUUAACAAACAAUGCCGUAGUUUAGGGCUUAGCUCCAUUAUAACAAAUGGCCAGUGUUCCAGUGUAUGAAAUUACAAGAUUUACAGGUUGUGGGGUGGCAGUGUGCCAGAAUUUUUUAUUUUUUUUUCCUGUUAUUUCAACUUAAAACUCAAUACAAUUUUUUGCUUUACAAUUUAAUUUUGUACAACUGAAACAUUUUUUUCAAUGCAGGAUAAUCAAUAUACUGAUUCAUAUAGAUAUGAAAUAAUGCAUAAUACUGCAUUUGGGGCCGCUGAUCUUUGGUUAAAUGUGUUGCCUCAUUAUGAAGGUCACAGAUUUCUGUCCCAAUAAAAUCACCACUAAUCAAAAUUAGCUACCAGUGUUCCAUGUUCAUUUUUAAAAUGACCAAGCAAAUGGAGAUUUUUUUUUUGUUUUUGCACCCACACCUUUCCCUGACACACCCCUUCUCCCCUACCUAGUUUUAAUGACAGUGUUAAAGGGAAAAUUUUUAAGCUCUUUAUAUUCUAGGAAUCAUCUUCAUUAAAAAGUAUAUUUAAGGAACUUUUUCCUUUUCCUUCUUAGGAAGAAGUUGAGAAAUUAAAUAUUCUUUCCUUGGUUUGCUGGUAGUUAAGAUCAUUCUUAUGUUGAUUAUAAUGCAUCGGAACAACAAACUUUUUUUAAAUAUGAGAUUCGCAAAAAAUAUAUAAGAAAGUCCCUGGUAUCUGUUAGCUGCCCUUUCCUUAACUUCCUUCUUGAAUAGAUAAGGAAAAGAAAAGUAAUUGCAUUAAAUGGUCUCAACUUAUCUGUCUCCAUUUAAAGAGAAAAAUAUUCCUUCAGUAUGGCAGUUCACCAGUACAGUUUUGGUAAAUAACAGGAUGUCACUAGAAAUUCCUGUUCAUGAGAGCUGUAUCAUCAUAUUAUUUUAUGUAGAAAUAUUAUAUAUAGUAAUGUGGAAUUUACAUUUUGAAAGGGGUGCAAUUUUCAUGCAUUGAUUAAUUUUUUUUUAAAUGUGCCCAUAAGCACAAAGCUUUGAGUCAGCUGUGUGAUAUCUGUAGUGGCCAUUAAAAUGCUGAAUUAUCUGAAAAUGUAGUGCAUAUAAGGUGUGCCACAGUUUUUGAAAUGUAAUGCAUUGAUUCAGUAUUCAGUAUCCUUCCUAAAGGCAUCAAAAAUGAACACUCCCAAUUUUAAAAAUAUUUGUUGUGUCUGUAAAUUUUUUUUCUUUAGAAGUAUUAAGAUUUCUCUCAUGAUGAAAAUAGAAAAAUAGGCCUGAUGUCAUACAAAUUUAUUUUCUAUAGUUCUCACUGUGAUUAUAGCACAAAGAAAUGUGCUCCAAAUUAUUUUUAAACAUUUUGUCCACAUGAAAACUUAAAAUGAAUGAACAGAAUAAGACAAUCAGUUAAAAUUAGAAAUAAAAGGUGUUAACAAUAAUAAAAUGGCCUUGUUUUGCUGUAGCAAUAAAAUGACCAAGUGCAAUGACUUGAUUUAAUAAAAUCAUCUUUCAAAAGCUGCUGCUAUGAGUAUUUUUAACCAUAAAAUGUCCUAAUCUAAUGUAUUCCUCUCUUUUUUACUGUUGUUGCAUAUUACAUUGCGUCUGAUGAGUAUUCCAACAUUCCAAAAUGUACUGAGUUCACAAAUCAGUGUAAACCUAUUGAUGUGUUUACAGAUAAUGUAAAAUGCAUGUUUUCCCUGGAAAGAAAAAAAAUUCAAAUAAAAUGAAAAUACUGCUA